CGCUUGUGCCUUAAUAUCCUCCUGAUUCUAACAGAAUCGUCUCGAAUGCUAUAUAUUUACAGGUUAGCGAAAUAAGUACGCUCGUGCACAGUAGUGAAAUUAAGAAAAGCCGGCUAAUCGUAAAUAAGUUAUAAAAAUGCAACCUCAAAUAAUUUUACUCAAAGAGGGCACCUGUGCCACUCAAGGGAAACAACAACUGAUAUCGAAUAUAAAUGCGUGUCAAAUGGUGGUGGAUGCGGUGAGGACCACGCUAGGUCCUCGGGGAAUGGACAAACUGAUCGUAGACCAAAAUGGAAAGGCCACAAUCUCAAAUGAUGGAGCGACCAUUUUAAAAAUCUUGGAAAUUGUUCAUCCAGCGGCUAGAACUUUGGUAGAUAUUGCCAAGUCCCAAGAUGCAGAGGUUGGUGAUGGUACCACGAGCGUAGUUUUACUGGCUGGAGAGUUUUUAAUGCAAAUGAAGCCAUUCAUCGAAGAGGGCGUACAUCCACGAAUCAUGAUCAAAGCUCUUCGUCUCGCGCUGAAAGUAGCAGUCGAUAGAAUAAACGCGUCCAGCUUAAAGAUCGACAAAAACUGCAAAACAGAAGUUAUGGAACUUCUACAGGCGUGUGCGGCAACAUCUAUGAGCUCGAAGUUGAUUCAUCAACAAAAAAAGUUCUUUAGCUCUUUGGUCGUGAGAGCCAUUUUGAUGCUUGACGAUAUGUUGCCCCUUAACAUGAUCAGUAUUAAAAAGGUGGCCGGCGGAGCGUUGGAAAAUUCAGAAUUGGUCGAAGGAGUGGCGUUUAAGAAGACCUUCUCUUACGCUGGAUUCGAGAUGCAACCGAAAAUAUAUCAGAAUUGUUACAUCGCUUUGUUAAACAUAGAGUUGGAGCUUAAAGCGGAAAGGGACAAUGCGGAAAUACGCGUGGACAAUGUUGCCGAAUAUCAGAAGGUAGUCGACGCCGAGUGGAAAAUUUUGUACGAUAAGCUCGAAAAGAUUUACAACAGCGGAGCGCAAGUUUUAUUGUCGAAGUUACCCAUUGGCGACGUUGCCACGCAAUAUUUUGCGGAUCGAGACAUGUUCUGCGCGGGCAGAGUUCCCGAGGAGGAUUUGAAACGAACGUUGAAAGCUUGCGGCGGUUGUAUUUUGACCACCGUGCACGAUAUUAAAGAGUCCGAUCUCGGCAUGUGCGAGAUGUUCGAGGAAAAGCAAAUUGGUGGAGAAAGAUUUAACUUCUUUUAUAACGGAUCGCACGCCAAAACGUGCACAUUCAUAUUGCGCGGAGGAGCUGAUCAGUUUUUGGAAGAAACCGAAAGAUCUUUGCACGAUGCCAUCAUGGUUGUCAGGCGUAUGUUCAAAACCAAUGCCUGCGUGGCUGGCGGUGGGGCUAUCGAAAUGGAACUGUCUAAAACUUUACGUGAUUACUCUCGCGUUAUAGCUGGAAAGGAACAACUUUUAAUCGGAGCGAUAGCCCGUGCGCUGGAAGUUAUACCAAGACAAUUGUGCGAUAACGCUGGCUUCGACGCAACAAAUAUUUUAAACAAGUUGCGACAAAAACAGCACAAAGGUAUGCACACGUACGGUGUUGACAUUAACACUGAGGACAUCCACGAUAAUAUGGCAGCUUUCGUGUGGGAGCCAGCUGUUGUGAAAAUAAACGCACUGACUGCUGCAACCGAGGCAGCGUGUCUUAUAUUAUCUGUAGAUGAAACUAUAAAAAAUCCUAAGAGCUGUCAGCAUGAACCAAUGGCGGGUCGUGGUAUGGGAAGACCAAUGUAAAAAAAAGUUUUUAAAAUGAAUGAUAAGCUUAUAAACUAAAUAUUAAUAAUACACCAAAUGUAUUGCAACAAUCCGUUUAUACUGUUAUGAAUUAUUAUAUCUAAUACAACUUUUGCAUACUUAUUUUUCUUAUGUUAUAAUAUACGAUAAAAUAGA